AUGGAGCACCAGUACAUUGACAAGGUCGGCAAGUCGGACCCCAUGAAGGCGUGCGAGAAAGGCGACCUCGCCGAGGUCCAGCGGCUCCUCCCGACAGCCCUCCUCGCAGCAACGAUGCGCAGUGUACACACCAUUACAGGGCUCUGCCUCUCACGCUGCCAUGCUGCACAGACUGGACAAACGGUGCUUCACGUAGGGUGUAUUCAAGGCAGCGUCCUUAUCCUCCGCGCCUUGCUCGAGGUCGUUCCGGACGGCAACGUCCGCGACAAGGUCCCGCUUAGGAAGCGCGUGGAAUACAUGGACGCCUAGAACGGGCUUACCGUGCUGCUCCAAGUGUCCUUGAACCCAGCGACGGAUCUCGCUAUUCUGGAGGCGCUGCUUGCCAUGCCUGAUGUCGACACGAAUGCCGUCGACAUGAGUGGGAACUCGUGC